AUGAUCGAAUUUUCUAAUAAAAAAAUAAUUUAUACACCUUGUUAUUGUGAAGAGAAUGUGUAUCAUUUAUGUAAAGCAUUUGGUAAAUUAGAUGACAUUUAUGUUUGUUUCAUUUCUAAUGAAAAUCGGUCGAUUCCAAUAUGGAAACAACGUGCUUCAAAAUUUCAUGAUGGAAUUGUAAUUUGGGAUUAUCAUGUGAUUUUGCUAGUAAAAGAAAAAUCAAAUCCAACAAAAGUUUAUGAUCUUGACACAACACUUUCUUUCCCAUGCGAUUUUUCAAUUUAUGUGCAAGAAUCAUUUAAAAUACUUGACGAUCCACAAUAUCAUAGAAAAUAUCGUAUAAUCCCUGCUGAAAAAUAUCUUAAAGUUUUUGCAUCAGACAGAAGUCAUAUGGAUGGAACUUGGUUUGCUUCCCCACCAAUUUAUUCUCCCAUUUCUACUUCAGAAUCUGUAAAUAACUUACCACUCUUUAUAAAUAUGACCGAGAACUUGGAUUCAAAAGAUUUUGUUUCCGCAUAUUUUACUGAAACGUUAAUAUUUAUUGGCUUCAUGCUACUUGUUCCAAUUUUCUAUGCUGCAAAUUUUUAUUUCCGUUAUAAACGUCAUAGAGCGGCUACACCAUGGUCAAUUCAAGAGAAAGUUGUCGUAAUUACAGGAGCUUCAAGUGGGAUUGGAGCAGCACUUGCUUAUGAGUUUGCUCGACAAGGAGCAACAUUAAUUCUUUGCGCACGUCAAAUUGAUUUAUUGGCAAAUGUAUCAAAAGAAUGUAAAGAAAAAUACUGUGCAAAAAAUGUAUUAAUUCAAAAAGUUGAUGUAACAAGUGAAACGGAUGUAAUGCGUUUAGUUGAAACCGUUGAUGCUGCUUAUAGUAAGAUUGAUUGUCUCGUACUUAAUGCCGGCGUGUCGAUGGGUGAAACCUUGGAAAGUAUUGAAGAUUUUGAUUUAAUUAAAAAGAUUAUGGAAGUGAAUUAUAUUGGUUCUACAAUGCUUGCUUUUUAUUCUUUACCUCUUCUGAAAAAGGCUGACAAAGCUCGUAUAGUUAUUAAUUCCUCUUUGGCCGGAAUUAUUCCCGUUCCCCUCAGAACUGGUUAUUGUGGUUCCAAAUUUGCUUUAAGAGGUUUCUUUGAAAGUUUACAAAGUGAGCUUGUCGAUGACAAUAUCUUCAUUACAAUGGCUUAUGCGGGUGCCGUAAAGACUGAUAUUAAUAAGAAUCGAUUGGGAGAAAAUCCAAAAAAACUCGAUUUUAAUAAUGCAAUGUCUGCUGAAGAAUGCGCUAAAAUCAUUGUUGACGGAACGGUUAAAGGUCAUAAAGAAAUAGUUUUUACUAAUAUUGGUAAAAUUGGUAGAUUAAUGGAAAGUGUUUUUCCCGAUUUAUUAGCAUUUUUAUCUUAUAAACGAGCAAGGAAAUUUUAUGUUAAAGAAAUUAUCGAUAAAUCUUUGUAA